GCGCAAAGGGGGCAGGACUUUUUCCUCUCCGGGUCCUAUUAAGAGCAAACUUUGUGUUUUUGUUCUCCAAGUUCAGCUCGGUGCUCUCCAGCCUGCGCACAGUUCCUCUCUGCUGCUCUUUUUUUCUUCCCUUUUCUGUUUUUUUUCUUUUUCUUGUUUUUUUCUUCCUCCAUGGUUUUAUUUGCCUGCCUGUUGGUGAAUGCUGUGUGCUUUUGGAUGGGAGCUCUGGACACUGAGAGGAUGCGCAUUUUGGAGGAACAAGCACUCAAAGUUGUCUUCUACUCUGGUCCAGGUUUGUUUUAGUGGAUUCGUAGAUGUUUGUCACGUUGGAAUGAACAAUGGUGCAGCUCCUGGGUGCUCUGACCGGGAGCAUGCUCUGGUUUCGGCUACUGCUGCUGUGCGUCGUGGACUUGGAGCUGGAAGCCGGGCUUGCCACUUUCCAGGGUUUCUAUCUUCCACCUGCGAACGGCUCGCCUCUGACACCUGCCCGAAGGACAGACGGGGUUGUGCGGACUAUUGACCGGAUUUACCACGGGGGAGGGAGGGUUGGCUACCUGGUGUACCUGGAUGAGAGCCGCUUUCAGCUGGACAUGGAACGAGACGAGUCGGUGCUGUCUCAUCACUUCAGCCCCCAGUAUGUGCUCGCCAUGAUGGGACAGAGCCCCGCGCCUCUGCAGAGGGAGUGCGUGUACCGCGGGACCGUGAACUCCAACCCGGAGUCCCUGGCCGUGUUCAACCUCUGCGGAGGAGGUCUCGAGGGCUUCUUCGCAGUGAAGGACGCGCGCUACACCGUCACCCCCAUCGUCAGGGCAAAAGGACACGAGCACAAUGUGCGCGCCCUGCAGGACAAGGAUGCGGAGAGCGCGCUCCACGUGUUCACGCGCGAAAGUUUCAGCUUCGAGGAGAUGAGCGAGGGCCGCGAGAGCUGCGGGACGCGUGACGGGCGCAGGAAACGCAAACGCCGGCGCAGAGGUCGCGGGAAGGGUAGACGGGAACGCGAGGGGCUCGCUUCGGAAGCGGAAGAUAAGCGCGGCGCGCGCGGGCGGAGAUGGUGGAGCCGGCUCGCCACGGCACCCUCCCCGGAGCCGGGCGCACGGCGCAGGAGGUCGGUGUCUCGCGCCAGGUACGUGGAGCUGCUCCUGGUGGCGGACGAGACCAUGACUAAGAAGUACGGAAAGGACUUGAACCACUACUUGCUCACGUUGGCCUCCAUCGCCUCUAAGCUGUACGGGCACGCCAGCAUCGAGAACCCCAUCCGGCUGUCGGUGGUCAAAGUGACCGCGGUGACUGACAAGGAGAAGGGGUUGGAGGUGACCAAGAACGCGGCGGCGACGCUCAAGAGCUUCUGCAAGUGGCAGAACCAGCAGAACCCGCUGGACGACGACCACCAGCACCACCACGACGCCGCCAUCCUCUUCACCAGGCAGGACCUCUGUGGCCACCACUCCUGUGACACGCUGGGUAUGGCGGAUGUCGGCACCAUCUGCUCUCCAGAGAGGAGCUGCGCUGUCAUCGAGGACGACGGGCUUCACGCCGCAUUUACCGUCGCCCAUGAGAUAGGUCACCUGCUUGGUUUGUCCCACGACGACUCCAAGUUCUGCGAAGAGCGCUUCGGAGUGAACAGCGACAAGCGGCUCAUGUCCUCCAUUCUCACCUCCAUCGAUGCCUCCAAACCCUGGAGCCGCUGCACCUCAGCAACCAUCACCGACUUCUUCGACGACGGCAAUGCCGAAUGCCUCCUCGACUCGCCCCGCCUGGCCCUCCUCGGCCCCGAGGAGCUCCCGGGGCAGAGCUACGACGCCGUACGCCAGUGUCGCCUGGCCUUCGGCCCUGAGUACACAGUGUGCCCGGGCAUGGACGUAUGUUCGCGGCUGUGGUGCGCAGUGAUUCGCCAGGGACAGAUGGUGUGCCUGACCAAGAAGCUGCCGGCAGUGGAGGGAACGCCCUGUGGGAAGGGUCGCAUCUGCCUGCAGGGAAAGUGCGUGGACAAGACCCGCAAGAAGCACUACUCGGCGUCCAAUCACGGUAGCUGGAGUUCUUGGGGUCCUUGGGGUCCGUGCUCCAGAACUUGUGGGGGUGGGGUGCAGUUUGCCCAGCGCCUUUGCAACAACCCACCACCACGGAACAAUGGGCGCUACUGCACGGGAAAGAGGGCCAUCUAUCGGUCUUGCAGUGUAACACCGUGCCCAGCAUCAAACAAGAGUUUCCGCCAGGAGCAGUGUGAGGUGCGCAACGGUCCCCAGACAGAUCCCAAAGGGGUGAAGACCUUCGUUGAGUGGGUGCCUAAGUACGCAGGAGUUCUGCCUAAAGAUGUGUGCAAGCUAACUUGCAGAGCAAAAGGAACUGGAUACUAUGUGGUGUUCUCUCAAAGGGUGGUAGAUGGGACAGAGUGCCGUCCGUACAGCAGUUCGGUGUGCGUGAAAGGGAAAUGUGUGCGGACAGGAUGCGAUGGCAUCAUUGGCUCCAAGCUUCAGUUUGACAAGUGUGGUAUAUGUGGAGGUGAUGGCACAGGAUGCAUACGUGUGGUGGGAAACUUCACCAAGAAGAGUAAGGGCUACACUGACGUAGUGAAGAUCCCUGCAGGCUCUACUCAUAUCAAGGUUCGUCAGCACAAGGCCAAGGACCAGACCCGGUACACCGCCUACCUAGCUCUUCGACGGCCCAAUGGAGACUACCUCCUAAAUGGCAAGUUCAUGAUCUCCACCUCUGAGACAAUCAUCCCACUCAACGGUUCUGUGCUCAACUACAGCGGGUGGAGCCAGAGGGAUGAAUGGCUUCACAGUAUGGGCCCCGGGGCUCUUCAAGAACCCUUGGUAGUUCAGAUUCUAGCUACAGAUGCCAAAAAGCCUCUGGAUGUCCAUUAUAGCUUUUUCAUGCCCCGUCGGACAAAUCCACAGCCACGGUCACUUCCUCUCAUCCCCAAUCCAAAGUUAACUGCAACACUGUUUACUACGACAAGAACCACCACCACCUCCACCACCACUACCACUAGCAGUACCACUUUGUCUUCCUACACCCCUCCUCUUCUUGUUCCAGGGCCAUCCACAGCUCCAGGUCCCUCAACCCCGGCCCCAGGGCCGCAGUGGGUAACGGGGCCGUGGAUGACCUGCUCCAGGACUUGUGACACUGGCUGGCAGAGCCGGACAGUGCAGUGUAAGGACCGGGAUGGGAAACUGUCUAAAGGAUGUGUGCUGGGUGCCCGCCCCUCAGCCUUCAGACACUGUCUGGUGAAGAAAUGCUGAGGUGGCAAAAGAAAAGUGUAACUGAUUAAAGUCUCAAGUGCUGGAUGUAGAACUACGAACCAAUGAAUUAAAAAUGUCCAACCUUAAACAGGACAGUGAAUGUUGUCAGAUAGCACCCAGAAUAGACUCAAAGAGACUCUGAGACAGAUUGGCAUGGGUGUACCUGACCAUAUGGCAGAGGAAUUACCUGGAAUAACAAUAGCUAUGCAGAAUCGAGAACAGUUUUGAUAUGAUAGUGAUGACUGUUGCCCUGCCAUGGCUAAGUUGCAUGCCACAUGGACAAAUAACUAACUGUCUUUACUUCAGUCUCCAAAUUCUGGAGGCCUAGUGUGUGUUGCCCUGUAAUGGCAUGCGUGUUGUGUCUUCUUAUGAUUCCAUGUGUUCAUCUCACUGUGGGAAUUUGGAAAUUGUCUUUUGUCCCAAGACAAGAGCCCCAACCAAGGGAAGCCUUUGUUACUCAUCUCAUCAUCAGUCGCACAACUUUCACACCACAUGUCAUGAACCUAGAUUGUCAUCUCCUGUACCUUUGACAUUUUAGUGUCUCUCACUCUAAAUUUCCUGGAAAUUUAGGACAGAAGGCAACCCUGACUGACAAAAACGUCUCUUCCAUUAAACAGGCUUCCAUUCUGUUAAAUAGUGGUCCAUAGUCUUCCAAUCAAAAGUUCUUUGCCUAUAAAGAUGUGACUGAAAUGUCCAUAUUACUGUAGCUGCAGACAGAUCACAGCUACCCAUGUAUUUUGACUUCAGGCAUUUGCUUCUUUCUUUGAUAGAUCCAACUGACAACCAAAAUAAGACUGAGACUGAACAUAAACAAUUUUCCAUUGUAAGGAGUAAAUUAAGUUUCAAACACAAACAGAUAGCUCAUGAAUACAGUUUCCAGCUGAAGGUACAUGGGGAGAUUGGCUCGAUGACCAAGAACGAACGUGAAAACCCAGACAUUGAUGAUACAUUGUGUUAAAGCUCUAUGAUUAAUCAAAUGUACCAAGGUCAAGACAACUUUUGAGUGAUCACUUCACUCAGAAUGAGCAUAGGAAGACAGUUUAUCCUAAAGACAUCAGUAUUGAUUCUACUGACUUUUAUAACUACCCAUUCACUGUAACAGCAGCAUAGCAUCUUAAAAAAGAAGUUGACAAAGAGGCAAAGUGACCAUGACACUCCUUAAUAUUUAUGGAGAGUGAUAGUGACUCACAGGUCUGGCACAAUGCUUGGUUUUAAUGCCUGUGCAGUGUGUAAGUGUGUGCAUGUUAUGUGCCACUACCCAGUCCUGUGUUUUAAGCACAUUGAGUAUAUACCGUGAACAUGUUUUACUACGUCUUGAAACUUCUUCACUCUCAGCUCCACAUAUGUCAGUCAUUAUACUGGUGCUGAGAGGGUAUUUUUUGUGUUAGUUAAUGCCUGUUUGUCUGUUUAUCUGUUUAGGAAAUUAUGCUAAUAUGACGUUGUGUGCCCUGGAUACUCGCAACGACAACAAGAGAAAUAGUAAUGCCGUCAUUAUUGUCCUUUUGCAAUUCAAUUCUUUUUUUCAUCACAUUUUACUCUUUUGCUCAUUUUACAUGCUGUCCAAGUCAUUUUUUUUCAGGACUGAUGGGUGAAGUUGGCCAUCAUACAAAAAUAUAUUGAUGUCACAAAAAGGUCCUUUGGAACAAGGAUGAAAUUGUUCAAUUUGAUUGGUGGUUGUUAAGAGCUAAUGUCUGACCUUUCGUCAGUAACCUUUUGCUCUUUGCACAAGUCUAAAGACCAGUCGGCAACUAUAAUAAUAAUAUGUAUGGAUAUGUGAAUAUCCAUACAUUCACAUAUGUGAAUAAUAUGUAUUGUGUAUGUACCAGCUGGUGAGUGGUUGUUGAAGGUUGCUAAUAGUUGUGAAAUCAGUUGCUAAAGCCCCUAUCACUCAGGCCUAGAGACUGAUCGACAACCAGUCACUGACUUGUUUGCAAACACUUGCAAACUAUUUGCCAAGUAGUGAAACUGUGCAAUGCAAAGCAAAAACAAAGACUGUUCACCUUAAAAGUCAAAUUUGUGUUGGUUGUAGUGGUAAGGCACAACUUUUACUGUAAAGGCAAACGUUCUACCUUUUUGGUUUGUACUGGUGUUUAUCUAAGCUUCACGACAGCUCGGACAGUAUAUACAUUGAUAUUUUCCACAAAAACUACAGGCAAGUACAGCAAUUUGCUAGCGCCCAAACAACAACAAGUGCCCUGUACAGUCCCUCUUUGAGACCAACAGCCAGCAACCUCCAGCAUCCACUUGCCAACACAUUUGCGCAUCUUUCCUCUAUGCCCAGUGGUUGCCAAGGGGUUACUGACCAGUUUAUAGGUCUAUGUGUCUGAGGUCUUAACUUGUCUGGUGUUUCAACCAAAAAAAUAAGUAUAGUUUGUUGACAGAUUGUUUUUUAAUUCAGCAAAUGGUAGCAUUUUAUAUGGAAUCUAAGGAGCUUGUAAAGAAAAGCGACUGGACUUCUUUAAGUUCUAAAAGAUGUUUUAUCUCUCAUCCGAGAGGCUUCUUCAGUUCUUAGAUCAAAUGUUGGAGAGUUCCAGGUAUUUAAGCCCUAGUGGGAGUAGCACCUUAAGAUGGUCGUCGACCCAUUAUUGAUCAUAAGUGGACGUUAAGGCGCCUGGGAAUUUUAAAAAAAAUUUUUAUAUAGACUCCAGGUUCAGCUAUCAUUAAUGUUAUUGGAAAUAUUUUAACUAACUACCGCAGCAGUUGUUAUAUGUUAGCUAGUAAACACUGAUUGUACAAAAAGAAGUUGCCAUUGAAUUGUAAAAAGAAAACAAAGACAAAACACUUGUCUUUUGUGAAUUUACACACAUAGGCAUCUUUUAAACAGAGUAGCGCACAAAACUAGCAUGGCUUGCUUUAUGCUAAUUGCAGAUCAAAAAUACACUCAAGAAAGAUUAAAAAUACACACACUGGCAUGUCUAAAGUUCAAAAAUAUGUCAUUAUACUGUUCUUAUUCAUGUUUCACAUAAACUGGAGUGUAAAGUUUUAUUCAAAUUUGCCUAUGUUUCCUGUCUGAAUGCUAAGCUAAGCUAACAAGCUGUUCCAAUACGACUAAUGCUUAGCACCUGGCAAAUAGAUAUUAAAACAAAUCAUUUAGGCAAAACCUUGCUAGUUAAUACUUAAUCUACUGUAAGCUUUUGUUUAAUUUAAAUAGACCAACUCCUUAAAAUCUUUAUUUUGGGGUUUUCUUUAGCAACACUAUAUGAACAGCAUUAAUGUUUCCAUAAGAAUUUAAUACUGAGGACUUUAAUUACCUCACUUAUUGUGGAUAAUAUUUAAUCCCUAGUAUAACAAAGUAAAGUUAAUUACAUAUCUAAUGGGCUUAAAAAAUACCUUCCUGUAAUUGUAUUAAAGUAUCUGGCACCUAUUACAUUUUCCUGUGUGACCAACCUCACCCAUCUGGCAUCUGUGCAGGAGAAAACAAAGCAUGAGAAGAAGUUGCUGAUAUGACAUGACCGAGGUCACUCUUAAAAUGUUUUCUCUUCGCCGCUCAGACAUUCACAUUUAUUUACGCAAUGUAGACAAUGUUUGUACAAUGCAUAGAUCAUUCAUAUGUGUUAGUAUUCAGCCAUGUUGUAACAGUAAUGUACACAUGCAGUCACAUUGAAACAAUCCAUCAUUUGCGCAGAUUUCAGACAUAAACUUCGCAGACACAGACUCCACACACAACCUGACUCUGACUCUUCCAGUGGGGAAAACCCCUCUCGCUGAAUGACAGAAACACAGCACUGAACUUGUAAUUUAUUGUUUGUAUAACUGGUAUGUGUGAAUAAAAAAGCAAUGAGAUGAG